GUCCCCAACAGAAGCACCUACCAAACUUUUUCCUUUCGCCGUUGUAAAAUCUUUGAUCUCCUCCUGAUCUUCCUGUAAGAAUCAAACGUCUGUCCGAGCACUCACACCCAAAACUCUCCCAUAAAAAAUGUUGGCGCAAUAAUAUGUGAAGAUAAAGGUUAAAAACAAAACAUGAGGUUAUACACAAGACGAGAAUAAAUUUCAGAGAGAUGCAGGGCGAUGAGGCCAGGGUCUUGCUAGGCUUCCCCCCUAAUUCUCGUCCAACUUUAUCUCAGUGUUCUAACAGCCAAAUAAUACAAAGUUGUUUUCCACGCUGCAAAUGGUUGAAGAAAUGGCCCCACUUCGGUCAACAGGAUAUGUUGACCCCGGAUGGGAACAUGGUGUAGCUCAAGAUGAGAGGAAAAAGAAGGUUAAAUGCAAUUAUUGUGGGAAAAUAGUGAGUGGUGGAAUAUUCAGGUUGAAACAACAUUUAGCUAGAAUAUCUGGGGAAGUUACUCACUGUGAAAAAGUUCCAGAUGAAGUAUGCUUAAAUAUGAGAAAAAAUCUGGAAGGUUGUCGUUCUGGUCGGAAAAGGAGACAAUCUGGAUAUGAACCGGCACCUUUGGCUUUCCGUUCUCCUGAGGGCAAUGAGACAGAAGAAUCACCUCCUGAUUACAAACACAAAGGCAAGAAAGUGAUGAGUGAUAAGAACUUACUUAUAAGAUAUGCACCACUUCGAUCAUUAGGAUAUGUGGACCCUGGUUGGGAACAUUGUGUCCCUCAAGAUGAAAAGAAGAAAAGGGUAAAAUGCAAUUACUGUGAGAAAAUAAUUAGUGGGGGCAUAAAUCGUUUUAAACAGCAUCUGGCUAGAAUCCCUGGUGAAGUUGCAUGUUGUGAAAAGGCACCUGAGGAUGUUUAUCUUAAAAUUAAGGAGAACAUGAAGUGGCACCGCACUGGUAGAAGACAUCGAAAACCUGAUACUAAAGAGAUAUCUGCUUUCUAUGGGCACUCAGAUAAUGAAGAUGAGGAGCAGGAGGAAAGGUUUAGACAGUAUAUGAGUAAGGACAUGCUGGCAGUUGAUGAUAAAGUUUCCGACAGUGAUAUCAGAAACAAUGUUAGGGGUAGGUCCCCUUGUAGCAGCGUCAGCGGUGCUGAACCAGUACUCAAAAGAUCAAGAUUAGAUUCAGUCUUCCUGAAGUCACUCAAAAGCCAGACAUCACACAUGAAGCAAGUUAAACCAAAGAUGGGUAUUGAGAAGAAAGCACGGAAAGAAGUGAUAUCUGCUAUAUGCAAAUUCUUUCAUCAUGCUGGAAUCCCUUCCAGUGCAGCAAACUCUCCAUAUUUCCAUAAGAUGCUAGAGUUGGUUGGACAGUAUGGGCAAGGACUGCAGGGCUCCAUGAGCCGGCUUAUAUCUGGUCGAUAUCUUCAAGAUGAAAUUGCUAGUUUUAAAGAGCAUUAUUCAGAGUUUAAGGCAUCCUGGGCAAUUACUGGUUGUUCAAUCUUGGCUGAUAGCUGGAAUGACAUUCAGGGCAGGAUAUUAAUUAACUUUCUCGUAGCUUGCCCUCGUGGUGUGUAUUUUCAUUCUUCCAUUGAUGCAUCUGAGAUAAUAGAAGAUGCUGGCAACCUUUAUAAAUGGUUGGACAAAGUAGUGGGGGAGAUUGGUGAAGAAAAUGUAGUCCAGGUAAUUACCAUGAACACUGCUAGUUUCAAGUCUGCAGGCAAGAUGCUUGAAGAGAAAAGACGAAAUCUAUUUUGGACACCGUGUGCUGUUCAUUCCAUUGAUAGAAUGCUGGAAGAUUUUUUGAAUAUAAAAUGUGUAGGGAAUUGCGUAGAUAAAGCAAAAAGAAUUACUAGGUUCAUUUAUAACAGCACAUGGUUGUUGAGUUUUAUGAAGAAAGAAUUCACCAGGGGACAGGAAAUUCUUAGACCAGCUGUUACAAAGUUUGCUACUUGUUUUUUCACUUUACAGAGUUUGUUGGACCACAGGAUUGGCCUUAGAAGAAUGCUUCAAUCAAACAAAUGGCUUUCUUCCCGGUUGGCCAAAUCAGUUGAAGGUAAAGAAGUCGAAAAAAUUGUCUUAAAUGUCACAUUUUGGAAGAAGGUACAAUAUGUGAGAAAAUCUUUAGAACCGGUUGCAGAUGUUGUGCAAAAGAUAUACGGUGAUGACAGCCGAUCAAUGCCUUUUUUGUAUAAUGAUAUGUUUCGAGCUAAGCAUGUGAUUAAGACCAUCCAUGGUGAUGAUAUGCGAAAAUAUGGACCUUUCUGGAGUGUGAUAGACAGCCACUGGAGCUCAUUGUUCCAUCAUCCUCUUUACGUGGCUGCUUACUUUCUCAAUCCGUCAUAUCGUUACCGUCCAGAUUUUGUAAUGCAUCCUGAGGUCAUUCGUGGUCUAAAUGAAUGUAUUGUUCGACUGGAAGCAGACAGUGCAAAAAGGAUAUCUGCAUCUAUGCAGAUACCUGAUUAUGUAUCUGCAAAAGCUGAUUUUGGAACAGAAUUGGCUAUAAGUACAAGAACUGAGCUUGAUCCAGCUUCAUGGUGGCAACAACAUGGGAUAAGUUGCUUAGAGCUUCAACGAAUUGCCAUCCGAAUACUAAGCCAGACAUGCUCAUCUAUUGGAUGUGAACAUACAUGGAGUUUAUAUGAUCAAGUUCACAUCCAAAGGCAUAACAGCCUGUCCCGGAAACGAUGGAAUGAUCUUACCUAUGUUCACUAUAACUUGCGACUUAGAGAACGCCAGCUUGGGAGGAAGCCAGAUGAAUUAGUUUCCUUCGACAGUGCAAUGCUAGAAAGUUUGGUGGAUGACUGGCUUCUUGAGUCAGAGAAACAAGUCAUGCAAGAAGAUGAGGAGAUACUACAUUGCGAGAUGGAACAACUUUAUGGAGAUGAAGUGGAUGAGAAUGAACAUGAGGAAACUAGACCUGGGUAUAUGGUAACAAUGGCUAGUAUAAUUGAGCCUUUGGAGGUUAAUCCUGCAGCUGGAGGUGUUACCACUGAUGAUGAUGGUCUUGAUUUUCUUGAAGAUGAUUUGACAGAUUAGUUAACUUACAUGUGGCUCAUCAGACUCACGAGUAAGCUGUGAGAUGCAAGUACAUAAUAACUGGGUAUUGAUGAGAAAAAUGAUUUUAUGUUAUCAAUGACCAUUUCUUAUCCUCAAGAAGUUGUUUCACAUGUAUUGUUAAGUUGUUCAUAUAGUGCUCAUUAAUUAAACUUUGAUGUGUUUCCAGUACAUAUUUUUUCUACUGGUAAGUUAGCUAACCCAGUUGAUGCAAGUUAGUUGAGUUAGUGACUUGUUUACUCCCUGAUAGUACUUUCGUGCCACCAAUUGGAAAUUGUAUCUAUGAUAGCUUAUUUGCAUGCUUUGGUGAUUCAUCCAAGUGCAGAGUGCUCUAGUAUUCAUAGGAUUACAUAUAAUCAACCAUAGGACCACUAAUUAAAUAGGUAGCUUAUUUGGGUUUCAAGUUUGCAAACCAUGGGUCUCACUUGGUUGAGGGGUUCUUGUAUCUCAUUUUUAAAGUUCACUAUUUCUCACUCAUGUUCAAUGUAAUCGCUGUUAUUACAGGUGCAAGGGGCAAUUGUUCAACCUCAGGUAAUCUUCUACUAAUGAAAUUUCACUUUUUCAACUUAUUAUCAAAUUUUCUAUCAUUCGGGUUUGUCUUUGAUGGUCAGAUAUGUACACACAAGUUGUUCGAAGUGGAGUUCCAAGGGCAUACCCAGGAAGAAGAAAUCAUACUUUGGUUCAGAUUCCCUUCCUGCUUAUCGUUCUUGGAGCUGUUGGACUUGGGGGAUUUAAUGCUGCCAGGGCUUAUAAAAAGCAGAAACAAGCAUGUCCUUCUCAUCAUCCGUUCCUUCCCUGAUUCAUCCUCAAGUGGAACUAUGAUCUGAUGUCGUGGAAUUUUAGUAACAAUCUGUGAUAGUGGUGUGCCAAGAGAUCGGGCGCAAUAGGGUCCCAGUCCAGUCCUCAAAGAAAUGACACCCCAAUUGUGUUAGAAUAUAGUUGAAAUGUGAAUGUACCCAAUGUGCAUGCCUAUUCCUUCUUGAAUGGUCAUUUAUAAGUAUCAGUUACCCAGCCGAGCCUGGCAUUAUUGAUUUUCGGAUAGUCGAGUGGGUAGAAGAAAUGUAUAUGCAAUGUUUGGUGAGUUUCUGCCUGGCUAGGCUGGAUUUCAGGGAGUACGUCUUUUAAAAUCCUAGAGUUGAUUCAAACACUUGAUACACGAUCUUCCGUCUGUUUGACUUAAAUGCAGAAACUCCACUAAAGCCUCCCUUGAAGUAUAAAUCCGAUAUUGAUGAGUCAGGAGGUUAUCAAACAUUUGCAUUAUCAAAAGAUUAUCUGGAAGAGAUAUAAUCUUUUUGUUUUA